GUGUGUGCGCGUGUGUUUGCACUGUGAUACACUGUAUUGUGUAUCCAGAGGAGGAAACCCAAAGGACAGAGGGAUGAACAUGUCAGUGAUCGCGCUGCAGGAAUACGAGUUUGAGAAGCAGUUCGAUGAAAGGGGAGCCAUGGAAUGGAUGCAGGAGAACUGGAGCAAGUCAUUCCUGUUUUCUGCAGUCUACGCUGGAUUGAUCUUUGCAGGGCAGUAUUACAUGAGAGAAAGGACAAAGUUUGAGCUCCGCAAACCGUUAAUGUUAUGGUCACUGAUGCUUGCUUUAUUCAGUAUACUUGGUGCUUUCAGAACAGGGUGGUACAUGUGGCACGUGUUUUAUACCGGUGGCUUCAAGCAAUCCGUAUGUGACCAGAGCUUCUACAACGGGCCUGUAAGCAAAUUCUGGGCAUAUGCCUUUGUCUUGAGCAAAGCUCCAGAACUAGGAGAUACCCUGUUCAUUGUCUUACGGAAGCAGAAGCUGAUAUUCCUGCACUGGUACCACCACAUCACAGUGCUGCUGUAUUCCUGGUAUUCCUACAAGGAUAUGGUCGCAGGCGGAGGCUGGUUUAUGACUAUGAAUUACGGGGUCCAUGCUUUUAUGUACUCGUAUUACACACUACGUGCUGCGGGCUUUCACGUUCCACGCAGGUUCGCCAUGCUCAUCACGCUCACUCAGAUCACACAGAUGGUAAUGGGUAUGGUAGUCAACAUAUUGGUUUACAUGUGGAUGCACGAGGGGCAUUGCCGUUCUUACAUUGAGAACAUCAUCCUGUCUUCCAUUAUGUAUUUCAGCUAUUUCCUCCUCUUCUGUUACUUCUUCUACGAAACGUAUUUAAACAGGAAGAAACACACAAAGGUAGAGUAA